AUGAAAUGAUUUGAGAUUGCACCUGCUUUGUAGCCAUUCAUGUAUCCAAAACUCUCACGGAUGGGUUAUAGAUUAAUACUACAGCAGAUGAACUUGUCCUGCUUCCAUUGGUGAAGUACAAGCGUUGGCCAAAUUGGCAAAUUAAUAGUGCCAUCAUCUAACUUCCCUGUGAAGGUCAAUGAAAAGUACAUUGAUAAUUGGUUUUAAUACUUCGGUGAUCUGGUCGAAGAAGACGACAAUGAUUGCAGCUUUCCUGAUAGCUUCCUCAAUGGAAGAGCAAGUCUUCGUCUACCCAUGUGCACCCGCCAAACAAGAAAAGUCAGAAUCCAUCCAUGUUUCAUUAGCUCCAGUCGCUCUGACCUCGCUGUGCAGACAUAGACGGUGAGCUGCACUGGCCAGUACCUGAGAAAUGAAUGAACAACUGCAGCAAGGAUUAAACAUUGAAGGUGGGACGCCACUCCAUGGAACUAGAUCAGUAGAGGAACUGGCAAAAUCUGAGUCUGAACGGAUAAAAACGUUCUACCAGACAAUCCUCUCGGUGCUUGUGGUGUUCAUCGUGGCGGCGCUGUCAGGCUACAAGGACAUCAAGGAGCUCUACUCGACCACAAACCACAAGAAAGUACACCUCAGUAACCUUCUUGUGGCCGAGGGCUUCUUAUUAAUCAUGACCUUCUUGUGUGCGGUUGCCCUAAUGAUGUUCGAGUUCUUCGUUUACCAAUAUGGCCGGCGAGUCCGUUCCUGGUACAGGGUUGUCACCGUCCUCGUCGCGGUCACCGGCACGAUGCUAAUUGCGGCCAACACGGUCCUCGUCAUCCUCUCCAACAGAAACAACACGGCACUCUCAGUUAUUCUCGCACCGGUGCUGGUGCUUGUCGGUGUGGCCGUGCGCGCCGGAGCAUGGAUGGAGGAAGAGCGCAGCGCAACGCUUGCCAGCAGGUACGACAUGGCAAUGAAGGGCACAUUUGACAUGGCCACCAUCGGAACUAUGGCUUCCUUCGCUCUGCAGGGAACCGUCGCCUUUGGCUACCUGAAAACCCCUGACAACAAUCAGGGCAAAGGUGACCCGCCGUUGGACCUCGCCGUGUGCUAUGCCACCUCCACGUUCUCCCUCAUCAUGAUGAUGAUCUGCGCCAUGCCGCUGGUGCUUCUCCCAGCCAACAUGCUGGAGGAUGUCAUCAGAGUCGUGGAGAGGCUAAGGCAUGUUGUGCUUGCCGCGCUUGCCAUGAUGGCGCUGGUAGUCUCCGUGGAGUUCUUGGAGGGAUUCAUCGUGCUCUCCGUCUGCCCGGAGGCUGUCGCCCUGGUCCUGUAUUACGCGGUGGAGUUCUUCUCGCGUGAGGGCCGAGGCGAGAGCUUGCCAUGGCUGGACUUCGUCUUCCGGAUUGUUGCCACCGUGGGUUUCUCGCUCAUGACCGGCCUGUACGCGGCUUUCCUUGGCACCGACCACUACAGCGUGUACCUCAAGGUCGCCAUGUUCAUCCUCCUACUGGCAGUUCUGUCAAGCUUGAGCCGCUUGGCCAUCCCGCUUGACGUCCCUGAGGUGGGAGUAGCAGGAGCUGUUGAGAUGGGCAUAGCGGGGAUCGUGGUCGUCUUUCCGGCGGCGGCGCUUCUGGCUGCCAUUCCAUUGGUGCUCAAGACAAACAGGACAGUUAACAAGAACCACAGCACCAUCAGAGAAAUCUUUCGGCUUUUCCAAAAAAAAAAAACAAAACAGAGAAAUCUUUCUAUCCCCUGCGGGGUGCAGACUGUGGCAUGGAUUUGGCGAGGCAUUCUGCUCCAGAAUUGGGCAUGCGAAGACUUUUGACGGUACAUUCUUUCCUUUGUUUACUUUACCAGUUCGCUGUACGGCAGCAACAGCCCCCUUAACCCUUUCGGCUGAAGAAGAGGUGCUCGACACGACAACUACUUGACCACGGAGACCAUUUUUGCUGCGAAAUUGCUCGGUGCGCCGACGCUAAUAGGCUCCUGGAAGCUCGUAUUUGGCAAACGAAGGACGGAAGGAGCAUGGAAAUGCCAUCACCGCACAAAUUUCCCUACAGAGUACAGACCGAAAGGCGCAUCGACAAGC